AUGGAGCUGGAAUACGAGCUGCCCAACGCCACCGCCUUCUGGUUCUCCCCGGCUUCCCCCUUUGACAACUUCUCCGUGGAGGCGCCUACCAACGCGUCGCAGAACGCCACGGGCCAUCACUUCGACCUCACCAGCAACGCCAUCCUCACCUUCAUCUACUUCGUGGUCUGCAUCAUUGGGCUGUGCGGCAACACGCUGGUGAUAUACGUCAUCCUUCGUUAUGCCAAGAUGAAGACCAUCACUAACAUCUACAUCCUCAACCUGGCCAUUGCAGACGAGCUUUUCAUGCUCGGCCUGCCCUUCCUGGCCAUGCAGGUCGCCCUGGUACACUGGCCCUUUGGCAAAGCCAUCUGCAGAAUUGUCAUGACGGUGGACGGGAUCAACCAGUUUACCAGUAUCUUCUGCUUGACGGUUAUGAGCGUUGACCGGUACCUGGCUGUCGUCCAUCCCAUUAAAUCUGCCAAGUGGAGACGGCCCAGGACAGCCAAAAUGAUCAAUGUGGCCGUUUGGGGCGUCUCCCUGUUGGUGAUCAUGCCCAUCAUGAUUUAUGCUGGGGUACAGCAUAAUCACGGCAGGAGUAGCUGCACCAUCAUCUGGCCAGGAGAGUCAGGCGCCUGGUACACGGGCUUCAUCAUCUACACCUUCAUCCUGGGCUUCCUGGUGCCUCUCACCAUUAUCUGCCUUUGCUACUUAUUCAUCAUCAUCAAAGUCAAGUCCUCGGGCAUCAGAGUGGGCUCGUCCAAGAGGAAAAAGUCCGAGAAGAAAGUCACCAGGAUGGUCUCCAUCGUGGUUGCUGUCUUCAUCUUCUGCUGGCUCCCCUUCUACAUCUUCAACGUCUCCUCCGUCUCCAUCCUGAUCGUGCCCACGCCCGUCCUCAAGGGCAUGUUCGACUUUGUGGUGGUCCUCAGUUACGCCAACAGCUGCGCCAACCCCAUCCUUUACGCCUUCUUGUCCGACAACUUCAAGAAGAGCUUUCAGAAUGUCCUCUGCCUGGUGAAGGUCAGCGGCAUGGACGAGGCGGACCGGAGCGACAGCAAGCAGGACAAAUCCAGGCUCAACGAGACCACCGAAACCCAAAGGACCCUGCUCAAUGGUGACCUGCAGACGAGCAUCUGAGAGGACGGCGGGGUUGUCCUUCCUUCGCUCUCCUCUCCCCACUUGCUCCCAACGGGCAGUGGCAUGUACGGAGCCAACGCAGGAGAGCCAGCUUAGGGGACGGCGGGGCACACACCGAGGGGCGGCGAGGGUCCUCAGCUGGGCUCCCGCUCAGCUGCUGGUGGGUUGGCUUUCGAGUGCUGGGAAGGAUACGGUUCAAGAGGAGCUGCCUCGCCAGGAGAACAGAGACAACUUGGAGCCAUGCAGCGCGUUUCAACACCAAAGUGCCACCGUGGGCCACAGGGAUUGCUGGGGUGGCUCCGCUGCCUUCCCCAGUGUUACCCUUGGGGCUGGUUGCUUUUGGGGUGCUCUGCCCCGGAACGGGUG